AUGUCCUCUUGCAACAACUCUAUUCCUCAGCCUUUGGUAUUUAUCCUGGCUGGAAUCCCUGGCUUGCAAUCUUCCCAUGGCUGGUUCUCUGUGCCUUUUUUCUUGGUGUUUAUUGUUACAAUUGUUGGCAAUGUUACCAUAUUAUACAUCAUCCGAGAGGAGAAGACUCUUCAUGAGCCCAUGUUCCUCCUCCUGGCUAUGCUUUCAAUGGUUGACCUGUCCCUCGUCAGUGUCACUGUGCCCCGCAUGUUGGCUAUUUUCUGGAUGGAUGCCAAGGAAAUCAGCUUCAACGCUUGCCUCACACAGAUGUUUUUCAUUCCUUCCUUUUAUGUCAUGGAAUCUGGGAUCCUCCUAGCCAUGGCUUUUGACAGAUUUGUGGCCAUCUGGAACCCUCUGAGGUAUACAGCUAUCCUUGAUAACAGCAUGCUUGUGAAGAUGGCACUGGCUGUCGUGUCAAGGGCAAUGGCAGUGCUCACUCCUGCGCCAAUCCUGGCAAAAAGACUGGAAAGCUUCCAAACCCGUGUAAUUGCUUAUUCCUACUGUGCUUACAUGGCUGUGGUAAAGAUAGCUUGUGGAGAUGUCUCUACUCACAUUGUCUAUGGUCUCAUGGUCAUUGUAGCAUCUGUGGGAUUUGACUUGUUUUUUAUCCUUCUGUCCUAUGGGAUGAUCCUUCAUGCUGUCUUUCAGAUACCAUCUUGGGAGGCACGGGGCAAAGCUCUCAGUACGUGUGGGUCUCAUAUCUGUACCAUUGCUCUCUUCUAUUCUCCUGUUGUCUUCUCUGUCCUUGCCCAGAUUUUAGGUUACCACAUGGCUCCACACCUACAAAUCAUAAUUGACAACCUAUACUUCCUGGUGCCUCCCAUGGUUAACCCCUUAAUUUAUGGGGCUCGGACCAAGCAGAUAAAGGAACGAGUGCUGCAGAUCUUUCACUGUCACAAAGAUCGAGAUUGA